AUGAAGGAAGUAUUUGUCUACGUGGGAGGCGAUCAAAAGGUUCCUAAGGAUAUUGAGCUAGCUCGAAUUGACCCAUCCGUCAAGGUUAUCGAGAAGGGCGCCUUCAAAGACUGCAGGAAAUUGAAAUAUGUUCAGUUUUGCAGCAACGGUGGCGUGCUGCAAGAGAUUGGAGUAGCUGCCUUUUCUGGUUGCCAGUCCUUGGAAUCCAUUCGACUUGCGUCCACUACUCGAAGCAUUCACAAGUCUGCCUUUGAAUUCUGUGGCAAAUUACGGUACGUCAUUAUGAAUGAAGGACUCGAGGUAAUUGGACCAGAUGCCUUUGCCUACUGUGCCAGCAUGGAGUAUUUGGUGCUUCCAUCAACUAUGCGCCACAUUCAAGGCCGCGCAUUCCGAUAUUGCAAAGGUCUAAAAGAAGCCCUGUUCAAUCAAGAAUUGGCCGAAGUUGGUGCGCAUGCGUUUCAAUUCUGCACUCGGUUGAAACAAGUUAUUCUUCCAGGGUAUUAUGGUGGGAUACUCGAUUAUGAUUUCUGUGCUACGAAACUCGGUCUUGGUGCGAAGAAGUGGCUUCGAUUGGAGCCAACGAAGGAUGACCAAUUCUGGAAUCUAAUUUCCAUCAGUAUGGAUCAUGCUGACAAGGAAGCUACAUCCAAGUACUUUGGAAUGCCAGCAAUUGCUCAUUAUGGCGAAGACUCUAUGAUGCCUCAUUCUUCACAGCAGCAACAAACUAUUAGCCAACUGAAGGAAGAAAUUGCUCAAGGCAAAAUGAAACGGCAAGAGCUGGAAGCCACUCUGGAAUCCUUGAAAAACAAAUACGUUGUUCUCCAAAAUCAAUACAACUCAAUCCAACUUGCCUAUCACCAAUUGGCAACACGAGAAGAGGAAUCUCGUCGUCGGCUCCACGCCUCUUUGGCACCCUACUACUACUACAUGAACAGGAAUAAUGCAAGGCAACAGCAACCCAUUACCCGUGCAGAACAAGUACUACAGCAGAGUGCUUCCGGCAGAGCAUGUUCUGUGGCGGGUGAUUCAGCUCAAGCAAGUCUGAAUAAUAAUAAUCAUUCCAAUGCAUCCUCGUCCUCGAGUCAAGAGAAGAACAAGACUGGCUCAUCCUAUCAUGGCGGAACUCCUGACAAGACAGCAGGGUUGAUGAAGUUGAAACGAAAGAAGGUCCCAAUGCAAGACAGCACGAAUGCUCAUCAACAUCAUCAACAGAAGAAGCUGCGUCCAUUGUGCUAG